GAGUGUGACUGCUGUGACUGUGCUGGCUUGCGGGCUGCAUGCCGUCCCUCUUAGUUGCAUCGUCACACCUGAUAUAAAUAGCUUUACCGAAAGCAACAGAGUUGUCUCCCGUCAGAGGACAGAGAGAGAGAGAUGGCUUAAAAAGUCAUAAGAGAGCAGACGCACCAAGCUCUCCGACCAUAGACCUAAGUUACUGAGUGGAGACAGCACAGCUCACUUUUUACUAGGCUUCAGAGAUGGGUAUGCAUGGGUCCAAGCCAAAGAAGCAAGUGCAGGUCCUCAUGCUGGGCCUGGAUGGCUCAGGGAAGACCACCCUGCUCUACAAGCUCAAGUACAACGAGAGCGUCGCCACCGUUCCCACCGUGGGAUUCAACGUGGAGAUGCUGGAGACAGACAGGAGCAGCCCGGGACUGACGGUGUGGGAUGUCGGGGGCCAGAGCAAGAUGAGGCCCCACUGGAAACAUCACUUCUCGGACACCGCUGGACUGGUGUUUGUGGUGGAUAGCUGGGAUGUGAAGCGGCUGGACGAGGCACGCAAGGAGCUCCACCGGAUCCUGAGAUACCACAGUCUGAAAGGAGUUCCUCUUGUAAUUCUGGCCAACAAACAGGACCUUCCAGGCGCUCUGAGCCCGGAAAUCCUCUGCCAGAAGCUGGACCUGAGGAGAGUGUGUGACGGCAGAGCGUGGUACAUCAAGCCCUGUUCAGCCGCCACGGGCGCGGGCCUCGAAGAAGGUUUCAGAAGAAUGGUCUAUCUGAUGAAAACUCCACUGAGACAGACUCAAGAGGACAUUAAAGUGAAGAUGAGGUCCAAAGGUUUUAGUUGCACGUCAGUGAAACAAGCCAUGCUCUGUGGCAGCUGAUGGGGUUCAUUCACCUUGUUUUAUAAAAUGUUAAAGGUUCCUUGUUGCUUUCCUAGGGCCUUUAUUUGCACAUGGUUCAAACGAGGCAUCUGCAAGGCUGAAUGAUGAUGCAAAGCAAGACGUCAGAGUUAAUCUGUGUGGACCAACGUCUCAUUGUGGUCCUGAUGCAGCGUCUUCAGCUGGGAAAAUAUAAACCACAAGGAAUCUGGGAGAAACCUUGUUUAAUCUGACUCAAGAAAGACUGUCACAUAAACAAUGCCGGUUGGUGUUUUGAUUAAUUUGUAUUUUCUAUUAUCUGCUUAUCUAUGUGUUAUUCUCAACAUCACUUUAUCAAAUUUCACCAGUUGCCGCUGCUUUGUCGCUGAACCUCUAUUAAUUUAUUUGGACUUGGACUCAAAAUCUGUUAGACUGCAAAGAUCGUCUCCUGUAACUAAAACGUAACUAAAUAGUAAGUUUUGUAACACGCUAAACAGUAACAUGUCUCAACUCCUGACAUGUAAGUACUGAUCUAUUGUGGUAUUGUCUUUGUAUUACACUGAUAUAAAAUAUUUUUAAAAAGUAUAAAGUGGUUUACAUUGAAUGUAAAGCAGGCAGGUGUAUUUAAAAAAUAGUUCAUAUCAAGGCAAAUGGUUGAUUUUGUGUUUGGUAAAUAGUUUUUUUCUUUGUUGUUAACUGGUAGAGUCCAUCAUACUGGUAUUUAAAUUAUUCUGGUACUUAAACAAGUUUCCCUGGGCCAAAAAGCACAGUCUUUGUCCCAAAAUACAAGGUUCUCCUGAAAGCUCCGGUCGCGUUUGACAAAUUUAGCAUGUUUACAUUUGUAAUUAUUGAUCAGAAAAGCUUUUUCUUGG